CCUUGAGGUGGUUCUGUUCCGUACGAAGUUGCUGGAUCAUUUCAGAUGGAUUGACUUCAGAGAAACUACACAUUCUUCGUCAUAGUCAUAGAGGUUCCAUGUGUCUUCUUUGUGGACUAUGACCAAACGUGGAUAACGCACAGCGGCACACUCUUACGGCAGUUGUAUUUUCCCAGUUAGGAGAUCAACAUGGUCUAGUGUCAUCAUCUCAUUCCAUCGUCACUGAAAAUAGAAUUAGAGAAACAUCAUCGUUCAACUUCAAUAACAAUCACAACUAGCGACAUUGGAAAUUACACAACUACUACGAAAAAGAUGAAUUAUGGAUCCGGUGCUCGCCCCCUCGGGGCUACGGGCAUCGUGUCCAAGACCCUCACGGCAGCCGAAGUGGAGGCACGGCCUAUCGUCCCCCAAGCCCAAGUCCCACCACUGAUGCAGAUGCAGCAACAACAGCAAAUGAUGGGAAUGGGAAUGGGAAGCAUGGGCAUGGGUAUGGGAAACCCAGGUGGUGGAGGUGGUGGCAGCAACAACAGUUCUGGCCCAAUCCCGAUGCCUCCAGGAGGUGUGGCGUCUCUACCGCACCCCUCUUGGUCUAGAGUUCCACCAGGUGGCGUUGCCUAUCCAGUCUGCGAAGAUCCGUAUUUGACGACCUGCCGCGCGAAGUGCCAUGUCAAAUGGUACCCUUUUAAUUCUCACUCAAGUCUGGUUUUGCUGCAAAUGCUGCAAAACAAGAGCACGAAUGCGCCCGCAAGUGCAAAAAGGUCUAUUUCAAGCCUUGCGACGUGAUCUGGUUGACCUCUUUUAUCAUAGGAAAAACAAACCAAAAUAUAACUCUAUUUGCUUUCCUUAUGUAUGCUAUACCGCUUAGGGGCUUCGGGCUUCCAAAUUAGAGAUAAUUCGCCCUGCGGUCCUACUCUUUCGGGCGUGGCCGGCUUUCCCUAUUAUGUGGCACGUUUUUCACUCGUGGAAAUUUGUUGCACAGUCCAACAGAAGCCCGCCCCCCAGAUCCCGGCCCUCGCCUUUGCAUCUGGAGUGUCUGUCCCUGUCGCCUGUAUGCUCCACAUAGUUCAGACAGAGGGGUCCACCCGGUUGGGCCCUCUUUCGGUUUCGUGGGCCUUGUUCUCAGAAUCGUUGAAGCUUAACAGCGUGCCCAAGGAUGUCGCACUGGGUGCACUGGAUAAGCCAAGCGCGGGGCCGCGCUGCUUCGUAUCUAUUGGCAUGGUCAUCGAUCAUACUAAAGCGGAAAGGCUUGGCGCUGAAAUCGCAGAGAUGGAAGCCCCUGCGAAAGCACUUGGAGACCUGUUGAGCCCUCCAAAGUAUGCGGGGGCCAGGUAGGAGGCUGCUACCGCGUUCGAGGCGCCUGAAGAGCAAAACGCCACAGCGGUGACAAUGUGCAACUUGUGGCACAAACAAAGAAGCACAGGGCCAAGCGAGGGGAUGCAUGCCGCCGCUCUCGUUGUAUGCAGAGAGUGCACGCGCUCGGUGGCGCCAUUUCAGGCUUUGGCGUGCCCCUCUUCAGUCACUGACCUCGGACGCACGGCGCCCAUCGAGUCACAGUCUUCCUUCGGAACUGUCGUGGCUACUCCUCCCCGGUGCGCUGGUGUGGAAUUAGAAGCAAGGACGCCCAUCAGCAAAGCGGAGGGCACGCCGGGGGAUGCGAGGCAGAUUUUGCGACGGCUAUGGUUACCCGGUUGCUUGGCCAUAAUCUUCGACAGGCUGGCAGCGGCAGUGGGCACCUUCGGGCAACUCCCCUCCCUCGUGGGUGGAUUUAUCAGCUUUGCCUUUGCCGCUCGAUCAGUCGGAGGCCAGGCGUCGCCCGUUGUGGGCGUGCUCAGGUCUGUGGAGAUCGAUGAGUUGUGGUGGCAACAUCUCGUGAGGGCUCGGCAAACAACAGGCGCGUGAGGAGUUUGCGGGGGGGGGGCUUAAGUUGUUUGCUGACAUGUGUAAAACUGUAAGUAUCGCGGUCGGCGCAAUGGAACAAAAGCUGCAUGAGAAACAUAGAGAAACCAUAUUCCAGCUGCGUCAGAAACAUAGAGAGGGAACCAACGUGCAUCGAAUUCCAUAUGAUUUUUCAACGCUACCCAACAACAAUGACUUCUUCCAGGUUCGACCCGACAAAAAACUAUGGGUUUAUGGUCAUCAUCGAUGGCCCUUUGCAAGGGCAAGAUUGCUAUGCACAUGGUUCGGACGUUGUGGGACAGCCUAUUCGUGAUUUGGAUGUGGUACUAGGAUAUGAGCUAUUGAUCAACAACACAGUCGCAAAAAACAAUCUUCUGAAUAGUCAUUUGUAUCGGAUGCCAUCCCGUGAGAAUCUGAUGAAUGAAAAUUCGACAAUCCUUUUCUCAAACUCCAUACUUGUAACAAGGUUGAGUGCGAAAUUUUGAUGGACCACCGCAGCAGAAAAAAGCGUGGUUGGGGCAUUACGGGUGGAACCGGCAAAAUCGGCGAUUUCACACGACCUUUGCAUGGGCUUUCAGCUGCGAGUAAAGCCGCUCUUCAAUCUGCUCAAGAAACUGGCAACUUCCAAGUCCUAACGUCAGCUUCGAGUCUCCAACAAGCUGGAGCAGCCGCAAACAUGGCCAGUAGUGGCUCGUCAGCUGGUGGUGGCGGAGGGACAUCAUCCCGUGGUGUAGGAGGAAAUAAGUCUGCUCCUGGUAUGAGCAACCCCAAUAAUCCGAAUAUGGUGCCUCUAGGAGGAGGUGGAGUGGGAGCACGUAGUUCACCGCAAAGUGCACCGGGAAGUUCUCCUGGUAUGGGACCUAAUGCUGGAGGGAUGAUGAACAACAUCACUAUGGGAGGUGCUGCUGGUGGUGUUAACAAUCCUAUGGCUAUGAUGAACAACAUGAUGGGAGGUGGAAUGCAAGGUGCACAACAGUCUUCUAGUCCAGAUCCAUUGGAUGCUUAUAUGGAAUCUUUGAAGACGAAGGAUCCCUCUCAAGGAGGCUUCGACAUUUUGAAAGACAAUCCUCUCCUUUCUAUGGGCAGACCCGCGAAAGCACCAGCUCAGCAACCGGUGGUGAAUCAGAUGCAACAACAGCCAGGAAUGAAUGGAGGUGCGCCUGCUGGCCUACCAGGUGGUGUUGACCCUGAAACUGCGAAAACGCUAGCUCAGAUGAUGCAGAUCCAGAGCAACACGGAUAACACGCAAUUGUUGCAAUCACUUGUUGCUGGUCUCAGUGGUGGCAUGAGGACAGGGCCACCUGCUGCUCAACCUCCUCCUCCACCUCCUCAGGCGCAUAACAGACCUAAUCCUGUUCCUGCACAGGGGUUUAUAGCGGCUGGCGGCUCUUCUGGAAAUAAUAGUGUCAGCGAAGUCAAUAACUCUGCGCAAGAAGGUUCUAUUAUGGAUACUUUCGAUGAACUGCUCGAUUUCGAUAGUUUUUCUAAAUCCAUGUUUUUCUGAUGAGACGUGAUUGUGAAAGAGAAAAGGGUAGAAGUUGUAGCAUAAUUUUGUACAACUUCUCUGUAGUCUAUUGGCAGGCAGUGGUACGACUACGAAGAUGCUGAUGCCCUUGGUGAAUUGUAGUCUUGUAACAGGAUACUUUGUUUUUGUUCUGUAGACCUCUAAUCCUCGCAAAAAAGACGACGGAGGUUCUCCGCAACAACGCUCGUCACGUCGUCGUGACAGGCGUAAAGACGACGGCGAAGAGAGAGAGAGGGACCGAAAACGAGACCGAAAGAAACGCAGCAGGUCUAGAAAACGGGACGAUGAUAGGGACAGCCGUAGGCGUGAUCGCGGGCGUGAUCGCAAUAGGGGACGCUGAGCUCCCUCGAGUGGAGUCAUAGAGAUAGCGACGUCAAUAAGUGGAACCACUUUCAUCAGUGAUAGAACCGACAAAAUGAAUAUUUUCUCCUGCAGCAGUCUCCUGAUGCUGAUUUCACUUGCUUGAAUGCAUACUUAAACGCAUCAUCCCGAAAACCUCACUUUGAACUUGCCCGCCCUCGCUCACACGUCCCUGAUGAAUUCUUCCUAAAAAGUUCGAGCCGUCUCUUCACUUAGUAUGAAACUGAUAUCGUACUCCCCAAAUACAAAAACCUAGUUAGUCUUAUAACAAAAACCGGCGGCACAACGAAUACUAUAACUAGGCGAAACGCCAAUCCUCGACAUCAGAAUUCUCUUAAUUACAGUCUCUUUAGCUUUACGUUUACACGCACGACACUAAUCCCAAGCCUUUACACGAGACGAGAACCUCAUAUCGUAGAAAUAAGUGAGAAAACGGGUAUGAAGAAGUGCAUUUGUGUGUCUGUGUUCGCCUAGGCGUCCGCCUGCGACUAU